ACCUUUUACCAAUGCACCUUGGGGACUUGCUCACUUCUAAGAAGGUUUGGUGUGUCUUGGGUUAGGAGUCUUCUUUAUUUCUUUUUCUUUAUUUAAUUCUGAUAACUAUAUGCAGCUACUCUUGUUUGUUUGUUAAGUAAAACGCUUCAUUGCUUCUUAUUCUCUCCAUUGACUGUGUACUAACAAACACUGCAUCUGCACUCAUUGACUGAGCAAAGCUGGGAAACUACCUUUUUCAGCUUCAUUCUCACCCUGUCAGGAUAUGAAUGUUCAUAGCUCUUUUCUUUGUUGGGUCGAUCUGAAACUUUUCUAAGUUGCAUAAGCGUUUAAGUUCUGGUGUAUUUGAACCAUGGGGUUCUGCUGUGAUCUUGAAGUGGAUGUCAACGGCGAAGAGACAUUCUUACUGGAUAAGAAAAUUCUUAUAACUUUCUCGAGUAAACUAAGCAGAUUGUUCAGUGGAUUGACAAGAAAGGCUGGGACCCUGAAAGUGAUACUACCUGACUUUCCAGGAGGGGCGGAGGGUUUUGAGCUCAUUGCAAGGUUCUGCUAUAACAAUGGUAGAGCUGAGAUAAGUCCCGUUAAUGCCGUCCUGCUAAAUUGUGCUGCCUGUUUCAUGGAAAUGGACCAAGUUUGCUCUGGAACACCCAGCUUAUUACACCAAACUGAGAAAUCCCUUGAAGAGAUCAACUCCUGGACUUGGUCCCAGCUCCUAGUAGCUUUGAAACAGUGCCAAGAUUUGCUUCCAGCCAUGAAUUCUUCAUGUUUGCUUCAGAAAAUCUUGGAUUCACUUGUGGGGAGGCUUGCCUUGCCUAGUGUUGUGAGCCCAUGUACUCCAUCCUCAUCCUCAGGCUGCUCUAGUUUUCAGCUUUCCAGUGAUUCAAGAAGCACCGACAGCGUGAAAAACAGCUGGUCUCGCACAACUUGGUGGUUUGAAGAUCUCGUGUUUUUGAAUGCUGAUUUGAUUGAUAAGGUGAUAAAAAUGAUGGUAUCCCAGAAAUUGGAUCAUGUUACACUAAGUCGGUUCCUCUUUUAUUACCAAAAAUCCAGAUUUCUUAUUGCUGGGCCAGCUGAAAAGAGCAAAACCACAGAGGUUGUAGUCACUCUGCUUUCUUCCCUAGAUAGGAGCUCUGUUUCUUGCAAAGGGUUAUAUGAUAUUCUUCGGAUGGCUUUGAGUUUGAAAGUAAGCAAAUGUUGCAAGAACAUACUAGAGAGUCUGAUUGGUUCGCAGCUGGACCAAGCAACAUUGGAUAAUCUGCUUGUUCCAUCUCCACAUGGCAAGGGUUGUAUAUACUAUGUGAAUCUGGUUUUGAGGUUGCUGAAAUCAUUUCUUGGAGGUCAAUUUUCAUCAACUCAAUUGAAAAAGGUUGCUGCCUUGAUGGACUUGUACAUUGCUGAAGUUGCCCCAGAUUCCAGUCUGAAACCUACCAAGUUUGUGGCGUUAGUUGCUGCCCUGCCAGAUUCUGCAAGAGACUCUUAUGAUGGUAUUUACCAAGCUACAGACAUCUAUCUAGAGGUCCAUGGCGGAUUAAGUGAAGAAGAAAAGAUGACAGUCUGCUGUGCACUCAACUAUGAGAAGCUCUCCCCAGAAGCUUUGAGACACCUAGCUCGAAACUCAAAACUUCCAUCAAGAGCAGCAGCUAAAGCUGUCAUCACCUCUCAGCAAACCAAGCUCAAAAGCUUACUCCCUAACACCCACCCUCUCAAGGAUUUCAGUUAUUCAGCAUCUUGUUACACCAUAGAGGGAAGUAAGGACAAGAAAGGGGAUCUUGAUCAAAUUCUUCUGCACGUGAGAAAAAUCGAACUUUCUACCGAGAAUGAGAGGCUUAGAGCACACUUGCAAGGGAUGCAAUGGAGGGUGAUAGAAUUGGAGAAGGCUUGUAAAGGAAUGCAGACGCGGAUGGAACACAUGAUGAAAUCAAGACUACAAGCCAGAUCCUUGCCCAAGCUCUGUUCAUGAUAUGUACUUUCCACUGAUUUUUACCUCUAUUCCAAAUGAUCUGUACAGUAUAAGUAACGGGUUAAUACAAUUAUAACAAAGUUUUCCUUCUUUGGAAAGAUGAACUGAGAGCAGCUGCAAUAUCAAUUCUUACUUUUCAUGAA